AUGUUGUUCAAAGUGAAUUCCCUGAUCAUGGUCUUUGUGGCCGUUUGGCUCUUUGCCGUCGCUGGCUAUGCCACUGAUGUCGUCGAUGAAUUCGGCGUUGCCCUCGACGAGGAGUCUGUCAUGGUGCUUGCUGCUGCCCACGACGCGUUCGCUUAUGCCAAAUCCGACCUCUUUCCUCGUGACGUGACCAUCAUCAAGACCGUCUGUGAAACGGAGACUUCUGUGGCUUCUACCUUUACCACUGUCCCGGUUCCUACGGUUGUGACUGGGACCACUCUGCUUUCGACUGGCACCCCGACUGGCACCCCGACUGGGGUUGCUACUGGAAAGUCUCCUGUUGCAUCGGAGACCACUACUGCUCCUACUACUGGACCUGUGGUCACUUCGCAGCACCCUGUCACGUCGAAGACUGAGGGUACUCCUGGGACUACCGUGAAGCCCCCCAGCUCGUCUGGUACUCACAGUGCUUCCACUACCGGGACUGAAGACACCACAUCUUCUGUCUCCUCUGGUGAGCAGACCAGCAACCACACUGUCAGCACCCACACCAACGUGUCUGCUGGCACCACGGCUCCCACCGGCACUCAUACUCCUUCUCCUUCGCCCACCAAGAACGUUGCUGGCGGAAAUGAUGGAAUGUACUCUGCUCUGCUGGCACUUGCCGCGGCACACCUGGGUUUCUCCAUGCUUUGA